AUUUUGAAGAUUUCUGAAAUUCCGUGACCCGGAAGUUGCCGACGAGAUUUUGAUCAAUAUUCCCAACAGUUUUAUUAAGUAGAUAUUGUUAGCCAUGUCUCAAGACGGAUUUCAACCUACACUUAUAAGGACCACGCACACUAACAACACGAGCUCGAGUAUUCAACAACCACAGGCACCGUGCCCUCGUAAAACACCCAUACAAGUUCUACAUGAAUAUGGAACAAAAAUUGGUAACCUUCCCGUGUACGUGAUGGAAAAGGCCGAAGGGGAGGCGCACCAACCCAGCUUCAUCUUCAACGUUACAAUAGGAGAUAUGUCCUGCACAGGUCAAGGAGCCAGUAAAAAAGCCGCCAAACACAAAGCCGCUGAGUCUGCCCUGAACCUUCUGGAAAUAGACCCCGGAACACCCCUUCACAUAAAGAAGGAGAGUAAUGGCAACCCAGCAAAGCCCAACGACCAACCCAACUCAGUGGGGAAACUGCAGGAGCUGGCCCUGCAGCACGGAUGGCGCCUCCCUGAAUAUACCGUUUUCACAGAGGCAGGCCCACCUCACAAGAGAGAGUUCACUGUUACCUGCAGAAUGGAGUUGCUCACAGAGACUGCGACGGGAAAUUCCAAGAAGGUGGCUAAAAAGGCAUGUGCUGAGAAGAUGUUAGCAAAACUUCUAAAUGUGUCUGGUUGUCCUGAAAUCACAUGGAUCCCAAAGCCCGGUGUCCGAUUGGAGAACUUGCGUAACUCCUCGGCAGAGAAGAUGUCUCUCCUAAGAAGGAACCCACUCAGUAUACCCAACACAGACUACAUCCAGAUGAUGCUGGAGCUGUCCCAAGAGCAGGGCUUUGAAGUCACAUACUUUGACAUUGAUGAGCUGACCGUGAACGGGCAGUACCAGUGCUUGGCAGAGCUGUCCACCUCACCCAUCGCCGUAUGUCACGGCACAGGCAUCUCCUGCGGCAACGCACAUAACGACGCCGCACACAACGCUCUUCAGUACAUCAAGAUCAUGGCUUCCAUCAAAUGAGCGAUUGUAGUAAACGACACAGAUGUUUUUUUUUUUAAGGAAAAACAUAUUUAACCUCAACUGAAAGGUGUUGCUAUCCUCCAUCUACCACUGUUUUCACUCCUUACCCCAGUGUUCACUUGGGUGUGGAAUUGGUGAAUAUUGAUGGCAGUAUCAAUAGAAAUCAUGCCAUUCAGACAAAUCUACCUAGUUUGUGUUUUUUUACAGUGACAGUUCAUCACCUUGUGGUGUCUGUCAGCCAUUUUAAAAUAGUUUAAGAAAAAGAUCAGCGGUACACAGUGAAAGCUAAUCCUGUGGAGUUUAUGUACUGUGGAAGGACAAGGGAAUAGAAUGGACACAAGUCUUGAAAUGUUGAGAACAGUCUCCAUCCUAUCCCAUUGUUGACAUGUUGAGAACAGUCUCCACCCUAUCCCAUUGUUGACAUGUUGAGAACAGUCUCCAUCCUAUCCCAUUGUUGACAUGUUGAGAACAGUCUCCAUCCUAUCCCAUUGUUGACAUGUUGAGAACAGUCUCCACCCUAUCCCAUUGUUGACAUGUUGAGAAGUCUCCACCCUAUCCCAUUGUUGACAUGUUGAGAACAGUCUCCAUCCUAUCCCAUUGUUGACAUGUUGAGAACAGUCUCCAUCCUAUCCCAUAGUUGACAUGUUGAGAACAGUCUCCAUCCUAUCCCAUUGUUGACAUGUUGAGAACAGUCUCCACCCUAUCCCAUAGUUGACAUGUUGAGAACAGUCUCCAUCCUAUCCCAUUGUUGACAUGUUGAGAACAGUCUCCACCCUAUCCCAUUGUUGACAUGUUGAGAACAGUCUCCAUCCUAUCCCAUUGUUGACAUGUUGAGAACAGUCUCCAUCCUAUCCCAUUGUUGACAUGUUGAGAACAGUCUCCAUCCUAUCCCAUUGUUGUUGUUUUUCUAUACAUGCAAUAGUGUAUUGAAUGAUAAAUGUAAAACUAUUUGCACUGAACAAAAUUAAUGAGAACUCGUUUUGCCUCGUUUACUCAUAAGCCUAUGAUGAAACGCUAACGUAAAUCUGACCCUCAUUUUUCACAUAGGGAUAUUUUCUAAAUGAAGCAGAUAAAUUAAGUAGGAACAAACUAAAUAUUCAUUACACAUUGGUAUUUUGUUUGAUGUAAUUGGUUAUUAUUCCUCUUUGCCAAGUCAAUAUUCAAUUACAUUACUGUGAAACACUUUUCCAUAGUGUAUAUUAAUAGCAUAGUCUAUCAUAACUUUUAGUUUGAUUUUAAAGUUUGAGCUUUGGUUAACACCAUUAUAUUAGUUUAUUUUUUAUUGUAUUUGAUUCUGUCAAACAGGACUCUUGUUUUGUGUAACUACCACAUGUCUUAACAGAGAACAAGACCAACAGCAGGUUUUAGUUUAGUGUCAAAACAAAAACAACUGCUCAAUUGGGCUCCGGAGUGGCACAGCGGUCGAAGGCACUGCAUCUCAGUGCUAGAGGCGUCACUACAGACCCUGGUUCGAUUCCAGGCUGUAUUACAACCGGCUGUGAUUGGGAGUCCCAUAGAGCGGCGCCCGGGUUAGUUUGGCCGAGGUAGGCCAUCAUUGUAAAUAAGAAUGUGUUCUUAACUGACUUGCCUAGUUAAAUAAAAAUACAAAUUAAUUAGAAAAUGUAACAUUUGGCUUGUUUAGGUUGAAUUGUGCUUACAUCAUGAGAUUAUAUAAAUCUACAUGUCUAGACUAUGAAAAUAUGUAUUUCUUUUUGUAAAAUGUAUAUUUAAUUUAAUGGUAGCAAGAUUGCAUACUCGGAAACAUCGGGACAACUCCUGUCUUAGACUUCAAGGCCGCCAUUUUGUUGUCUUCGCUCUACAAAGAGACAAUAAUUGGAAUCUUUGUAGCUUUGAUGUUGAUAUCUAAGAUUGUUGUGAUUGGUGAUGUCAUCUUCUCAGUCUACCUGUAAUGUAGCCUAGUUAUGUCAGGUGAGUAUGAAGUCAUUUUGCUGUGUGUGUGUGUGUGUUUUGAAGGCUUUGAGUUUGUGUUUGUGCUGGUUGAAAUGCUAUGCUAAUGACGGGAUGAUAUUUACUACCGGAUUCCACCUUGUCCUGAGUUUGUCACAAAGCCUAGAUUGGGUGGUUUAAUCGCAUUUUGGUUUCCUUUAACAAGGGGUGUAUUGUAUGUAGUGUUUUUGGUAGACUCAACCCAAACGUGUGCUGUGUACCUGACCACAUUAAUACACAACUAUUACAUGUGAAGUGGGACAGACAUGUUAAAUAAAUCUACUUGACAUUGAUGUCAUUCUAAA